CUCCCACCCUCACUACAGAUGAGGCCAGCCCAGGACUGCUUCACUGGGCAGUAGGCACUAGGGCUGGAAUGGGGCCGCCCGGCUCCCCAUGGCAGUGGGUGCUGCUGCUGCUGGGGCUGCUGCUCCCUUCUGCUGCCCCCUUCUGGCUCCUCAAUGUGCUCUUCCCCCCGCACACCACGCCCAAGGCUGAGCUCAGUAACCACACACGGCCCGUCAUCCUCGUGCCUGGCUGCCUGGGGAAUCAGCUGGAAGCCAAGCUGGAUAAACCAGAUGUGGUGAACUGGAUGUGCUACCGCAAGACAGAAGACUUCUUCACCAUCUGGCUGGAUCUCAAUAUGUUCCUACCCCUUGGGGUAGACUGCUGGAUCGAUAACACCAGGGUUGUCUACAACCGCAGCUCUGGGCGUGUGUCCAAUGCCCCUGGUGUACAGAUCCGUGUCCCUGGCUUUGGCAAGACCUACUCUGUCGAGUACCUGGACACUAGCAAGCUGGCAGGUGUGUAUAUUGGGGGAAAGAGUGGGACUCUAGGCUGUGGUGGGCCCAUAGGAGCUGUGGUCAGAGCCCCCAGUGCUACUGCCUCCCCUACAGGUUACAUGCACACACUGGUGCAGAAUCUGGUCAACAAUGGGUAUGUGCGGGAUGAGACAGUGCGGGCUGCCCCCUACGACUGGCGGCUGGAGCCCAGCCAGCAGGAGGAAUACUACGGGAAGCUCGCUGGGCUGGUAGAGGAGAUGCAUGCUACUUAUGGAAAGCCUGUCUUCCUUAUUGGGCACAGUCUUGGCUGCCUGCACUUGCUCUAUUUCUUGCUGCGCCAGCCCCAGUCCUGGAAGGACCGCUUCAUUGAUGGCUUCAUCUCUCUUGGGGCUCCCUGGGGUGGCUCCAUCAAGCCCAUGUUGGUCUUGGCCUCAGGUGACAACCAGGGCAUCCCGAUCAUGUCCAGCAUCAAGCUGAAAGAGGAGCAGCGCAUGACAACAACCUCCCCAUGGAUGUUUCCCUCCAGCCGGGCAUGGCCUGAGGACCAUGUGUUCAUUUCCACGCCCAGCUUCAACUACACAGGCCGUGACUUCCAGCGCUUCUUUACAGACUUGCACUUUGAGGAAGGCUGGUACAUGUGGCUACAGUCACGUGACCUGCUCGCAGGCCUCCCAGCACCUGGUGUGGAAGUAUAUUGUCUGUAUGGCGUGGGCCUGCCCACGCCCAGCACCUACAUCUUUGACCAUGGCUUCCCCUACACGGACCCUGUGGGUGUGCUCUAUGAGGACGGUGAUGACACUGUGGCCACACGCAGCACCGAGCUCUGUGCCCGCUGGCAGGGCCGCCAGCCACAGCCUGUGCACCUGCUGCCACUGCAUGGGAUACAGCACCUCAACAUGGUCUUCAGCAACCAGACACUGGAGCACGUCAAUGCCAUCCUGCUGGGUACCUACCGACGUAGCAGCCCUGCAUCCCCAGCUGCCAGCCGAGAGCCCCUGCCCCCUGAAUAAAGAUCUUUUGCUGCUGUAA